UUUUGACUAAAACAUCAGUCUUUAAAACACACGAUUUAAGGAUGAACAAAUUGACAAAUUUCAGUCAUUGAAAUGAUGAUGUGGAAAAAAAAACUUCAGCUGAUGUAGGCCUCUUAGUCCAGCCUAGAACUCAAAACUUAUUUUUUUGUGAUGUACAGCCAAUAUUUACAGAUUUUUAUAGCUAAAAUAGUGGUUGUAAAUAUGGGCAGACAUUUUCAUAUCUGCCAAUGCCAAUAACACACUUUUUCAGCUACCUAUCAAUACUAAUAUGAUGCAGAUAAUAUUGUGCAUCCACAGAGCUGCUGACGACUGUGCCAAGUGUUUGAAAUGCAAAAAUAUAAACAUUUUUAAUUCUUUAACUUAACACAAAAAGUUUUUUAAAAAAGUUCAAAGUAACUCAUGGUAAAACAGCAGCAGGCAGGAAUUUAAAAAGCCUCUGUCUAAAGCUUAGGCCAACGGCGUCACACAACACUCAGGUAUGGUCUGUUUCCCCACAGUGGUCCGGUUUAAUUCAGUCUAGUUUUGCAGUGCUUUAGCUUAUUAAACUCUGAUCUUACUCGUGUUUCCUUAGCUGAUGUCGGUCCAGUCUUCCUCACUGUGAUGGGAAAUCCAUCUCUUUUUAGACAUCCAGAUCAUUCCGCUCAGCUCAGUAGAGCUUGAUGUUUGGCUCUCAAACAGCUCUUCAUUUGGUACCAGUUUGCCAUUAUAAAUGUGGAUUAAAUAACAACAAAAGAUGGAGGAAAGGAAACUGGCACUCAAACAGAACUAGCUACUGGGGCUAACAUUGAAGAGCUGUUUUUAUAGCACAGGCUCAUUCGCGAAUGGUUAAUAUUUACUCACACUCUAACCCCACAUGGUUUACUCAGUUAGUAGUUAUUUAUUUCAUCUUUAUUUAGCAUUUAUUUGACAUGGACACACAGUAACAUGGAUGCUGUGACGUUUAAUCAUACACAGGUCCCAGAUGCACCGCUGCAGUGUUUAUAGCAAAGUGCUAAUAGUGCCAUGCUGUUUCAAUUAAAAGCAUGUUAGUGCCUCUUGGCUCAGUACAAGGCUCUUCCAGACUCUUGUCUCACUUCAUCUGACUAUACGACACUAGAUGGUCUGCAGGACUGUCUAAUUUGUGAUAUUGAGUCCCACACCCCAGGUAAAUUAGUUAAAAAGUUGUAAAAAUAGUUUUUUGUAAGCUGUAGGGAUUGUGUUCACUGUAUGUUGAAAUUUUCUGAUGAUAAUUGCAGAAUGCAGGUCCAUAAAGAGCUGUAAAAUGCUAACGUUCCUCCGUUACCAUUAAUUCCUAAUGGCUGUCGUCCACUUUCUGACUCCCAGUGGACAUUCAGGGUAAUGUGAUUGCCACAGGCCGGCCCUGGUUAUAACCUAAGCCUAAAUUGAAACUCUCUCAGCUGUUCCAACACCUUAGAUUUUAGUACAGUGUAAACUCUAUCGUAAGCUUGAGCAACCCAUACCUGAUAGGUUCUCAUAGAGCUGUAAUACAGAACUUAAAAGAAACUAAUAGAUGCUCUAGCCCAGUAACAUUGUUUGCAAAGUGUUUGCCAUCAUGAAUGAGUGCUACUUUUUCAUUUCUUCAUUUGCUCCUAGGUAACGGAGGAGAAGCUCUAAUGUGGCAGAGUAAAGAGAAUGGCAGCAGAAACUAUGGGGUCUGAUUAGGCUGGCUGUGUGUUGGAGGUUUACAUUCUGAAAAUAAUGUCACACAGUAACAGAGAGCUGGUGGAGUUCUUUAUAAGCUAUAAACUGUCUCAGAGGAACUUCCCAACAUCUGUGCUGAGGCCAGAGGAUGCUGCUGGAAGAACUGAAUCAGACACGGCCAACUCUGCUGCCAGUAACGGCUUUCUGGUCAACAGGAGCAACAGUGGUGGCCAGUCAGGUGCUGACAUAGAGGCUGUGAAGGCAGCCCUGCAGGACUCAGCAGAUGAGUUUGAACUGCUCUUCACUCAGGCCUUUAGUGACCUUUCUUCGCAGCUUGACAUCACUCCUGACACUGCCUACCACAGCUUCAAGAGUGUGAUGGAUGAGGUGUUCAAGGAUGGAGUCAACUGGGGGCGUAUAGUAGGUCUGUUUGUAUUUGGUGGUGCUCUGUGUGUGGAGUGCAUCCAGAAGGAUAUGGGUGAGCUGGUUUCUCGCAUCGCAGAUUGGAUGACCAUGUACCUGGAUGAGCGCAUAAGUCCAUGGGUCGAUAGUCAAGGAGGAUGGGAAAGCUUUGCUGAAAUCUUUGGACGUGAUGCUGCUGCAGAACUGAGGAGAUCUCGGGAAAAUCUCACUAGGUGGCUUCUAGUCGGGAUGGUGCUGCUAAUGGGAGUAAUGGUCGGUGUUUACAUCGCUAAAAGACAGUAGAGUCCCUCCAUCUCUUUGACUGUGGCCUGCCUUGUGUGAUGCUAUGCCAACAAAGCAAAAGGCAAGGCAUGGUUAUUUAUAAAGGACCAUCCAUGCAUAAAGCAAUCCAAAGGGCUUUGCAGAGUUAAAAACAAAAAUAAAAAAGACGUUUACAAAAACCCGGUCUGCUUGUGCACUGACAGAACAUUGAUUGGCUUCAUCAGUUAGUGGGAGCGUUUAUAAUGUGCAGUUUGGUGAGCUGCUAUACUUUCUGCCUUGUCCUUUUCCCUUAAUUUUUUCAACACAGCAGAGAGAGGAAGGUGUUACUCUCCAGACUGGAAGUGCUUUAAAGAACCUGAUAAGCUAAAAGACAGUGAAACAAAAUCAGCUGGUUUGAUGACACUGCUUGUUUUUUUAUUUUUUGCUCUGUUCUUUAACCAAGGACCAAUUUUUUCUACUAACAAACAGACAGCUCACAGAGAAUAUAAGUUAUGUUUUUUUUUCACUGUGUAAUGGCCGGGUGUACUGAAGUUUUAGGCAUGCGUCAAAAAAUAAAUAUAUUU